CUCCUUCCAUUUCUCUGGUACCAAACAAACACUUUCAUCAAAACUCACUUUGUUAUUUGGUGGUAACGAAUUCAGAGAAGUAAAAGGGCUUUCAACUUGAGUGUGACUGCGAGAGUGAAGAGCAAAACGAGAGUUCCGUUGCGCUCCAUUCAAAAUGCAAUCCAGUCGUACCUUCAUCAUCUUCACCAUCUUCCUCAUUGCGAUCCUCCCCCAUGCUACCAUCGUUCAGGGACACUCAUUCUCACCAUUUUCAUCCGCACUCGAAACCCUCCAGAAACAAUUAGGGUACACUUUCAAGAGCAUAAGUCUUCUUCGUCGUGCAAUGACUCACGCUUCUUUCUCUGAAGAAAACAACAAAGCUUUCAGCAUUUUGGGUGCUACAAGCAUUGAAACAUCUGUUUCUUUCAAUUUGCUUUCGAAAGACGUUGAUAUUUCCGCUAAAGAGUUGAACCGUCGACUAUCCUUAAUCUCCAACGUCGACUCUUCUUGUGCUGUUGAUGCAAAACGUUUGGGUUUGCACAAGGUUGUUCGUGUCUCGCCCAAGACCAAUUCUUCUUCCACUGCUGUGGUUUGUGGUGCUUUUCGAUCAAUUUUUGGUGCUAUUUCUCUUGAUACUGGUAGUUCGGAGGCUGCUGGUAAUGUUUUCUUGACUGUUCAUGGUCGUGAUCUUGGUGUUUACGCGGCUAUGUGAAAUGUAGGUCACCUUUCAGUACCCAUGUUUGUGUUUCAUUUUGAAGAUACUUUUUAAUAGCUUAUGUUUUAGUUGUUUGUAGUACUUAAGUUUUAGUUUAUCUAAUUAGCUUAGGGUAUGUUUGGAUUGAUGUAUUUAAUCUAAUUAGUACUUGUGAGACUGUUUGAAGGAGUUUAUUAAAAUGACUUAUGACAUGUUUGUAAGCUCGUCAUGAUAGCUUAUAUGAAAACAAUUUGUCUUUAUUUUA